UUUAGCCUGUUUUCACUGAACUUGCAUCACUUCCAUGAAGCUCCGCCUACUCGCAACCGAGUUUCCGCCUACCUGUCAAUCCACGCGCCGCUGUCAUUUUCACCUUUGAAUUUUUCUUAUUCUCCUCGCUAUCUGCUUGUCCCUUUCCCUUCUCCUUGCCCUGUUCAAGCAGAAGCAACCCCUCCAUGGCGAUUUCCAUUCCGAUCUCCCCCUCGCCGCGUGAUUGAAGAUUUGGUCGGCCGUCGUCUCGCGUUCUUUGGAGAAGUAAGACAAUUAUUGGCCGUACAUUAAGGAAUGCAUCUUCUUCAUCUUGUAGGUUUCUGAAGGUCUACUGGGAGAGUAAUGCUAGAGAGGGACGCUCACCUAUACAGUGGACAAAGACAAGCAGAUUUACAGCGGACAAGGACGUGCAACUGUCAUAUUUCAAUUGGUUGGAAAAUCUGAUUGAAAACCAAUUAGUUUUCAAUCGGAUGUCAGCGUCAGCGGCCAUGGUAAUCUGCAAGACCUCCUCAACGGUGGUCGUCCACACAGGCGAGCACCUAUUUAAGGUCGUCGGCCACUCCCUGGUCCAAGUAAGGAGUGGGCUCACCUCUGAGACCUUCCGCGUUGGCGGCUACGAUUGGGCUAUCGUCUACUACCCUAACGGCCUUGCCCAGUUGUUUGAUGAUGGGCAGUUCACGUCUGUGUUCCUCAAGUUGAUGAGGCCCUACGAGAGUGAGGUCAAUGCGUCCUACUCCUUCUGCCUCCAGGAUCCUGUAUCUCCAUCGACGGUGGAGAAGUGCAAAUUCAGCAGACCAUCUAGAAAAUUCUUGUUUAGCAAUGGCGGUUGGUGUAAUCCUGAGUUUGUGAGUAAAGUUGAUUUAGCCACGUCCGGGUGCCUGAAGGAUGACUGCCUGGUGAUCAAGUGCACCAUCGAGGUCUACAGUCAUCAAUGAUGCCCCCAGAGGUAGGCUCCUAGCGAUGACUGAAACGAGGCGAUGCUCAGGCAGGCCAAAGACCUUGCAGAAAAGCGACAACGAAAACCUCACAAACUAAGGAACAAGGGUAGUUGUAGACCAGACAGUUGUGCUCUCCUUUGAGCUGGCCAGUCCAGUUUUUUCUUUGAAACUCCGUUCUCUGCGUGUAUGCGAGUGUCUGUGAUUGUACCAUGUUAAAAAAAACAUACAAGACAGUAGUUUUAGCAA